CCCCGCCCCCGGAGCCUGAGAGCGCCAAUCGCAGCCGCGCCUGGCGGAGAAGCUGCCCCCCUCUCGCCCCCUCCGCUCUCCUCUCCCUCCCCAUCCCUCCGCCUCUCCUCCUCCUCCUCCUCCUCCGCCUGCUGCUGGCUGGACUCUGGGGCUGAGCCGCGUGACAGGUGCCCGGGGGAUGCCUCCCCCCGCCUGGCCGACAUGAGCACCGAGGCAGCUUCUCAACCUCAGGCUGUACACAGCCUCUUGGAGAAACCUGGUGCAGCAAUCCUCUGCAACAAUUGCGGCAAUCCAUGCAAAGGAGAAGUGCUAAGAGUGCAAAAGAAGUAUUUCCAUAUUAAGUGUUUCGUUUGCAAAGCGUGCGGAUGUGAUUUGGCCCAAGGUGGAUUUUUUGUAAGACAAGGAGAUUUUAUCUGUACGGUGGACUAUCAGCGACUGUAUGGCACACGGUGCCUUAGCUGUGAUGAGUUUAUUGAGGGAGAAGUGGUUUCGGCGCUGGGGAAAACCUAUCAUCCCAAUUGUUUUGUCUGUGUGGUCUGCAGGCAGCCUUUUCCUCCUGGGGACCGUGUCACAUUCAAUGGCAAGGACUGUGUCUGUCAGAAAUGUUCCCUGCCACCUGCUGGCAGCAACGUCUCUAUUCCAACCCUCCGAAAUUGUGGAAACUGUGGCUUGGAAAUAAAAAAUGGACAAUCUUUGGUGGCAUUGGACAAGCACUGGCACUUGACCUGUUUCAAGUGCAAGAUAUGUGGCAAACUUCUCAGUGCUGAAUAUAUCAGCAGAGAUGGGGUUCCAUACUGUGAAGUGGACUAUCAUGCCAAAUUCGGAAUAAGAUGUGAUAAUUGUGAAAAAUACAUUACAGGAAGAGUUCUGGAAGCAGGAGAAAAGCACUAUCACCCUAUGUGUGCACGAUGUGUCAAGUGCAGCCAGAUGUUUUCAGAAGGAGAAGAAAUGUACCUUCAAGGGGCUUCUAUUUGGCAUCCCGCCUGUAGACAGGCAGCCAAAACUGAAGAAAAGGCCAAGCUGCAAGAAACUAGAACUUCAUCUGAAAGCAUAAUUUCAGUACCUGCUUCAAGUACAUCUGGUUCCCCAAGUCGUGUGAUUUAUGCCAAACUUGGUGAUGAAAUCCUUGAUUACAGAGAUUUGGCUGCUCUUCCUAAGAAUAAGGCCAUCUAUGACAUAGACCGUCCGGAUAUGAUUUCCUAUUCUCCAUAUAUCAGCUACGUGACAGAUGAGAGGCACAGUUAUGUGGAGAGUGACCAUGAUGACCGGCUUUCCAAGCAGCAUCGGAUAUCAAGCCCUAGUUCCACUAGCUCACUUGGUUAUGGUCGCAACACCCCAUCUUGCCAUUCUCCUCAGAAUUACAGCAGACCAGCUGGUACUCAGACUCUUGGUACCAGUAGCUGCAUCUCCUUGCCCCAAUACACAAGCCUUACAUCUACAUUCAGACAUCAUUACAUCCCUUUCUUCAAAGGCAGUGAAAGUGGUCGGAGCACUCCAAGCUUAUCCAUGUAUUCAGAAAGCAAGUCUUCACCAUCUUUCUAUCAGCAAGCACCUAGACAUUUUCAUGUUCCAGACUCUGGAGUAAAAGAUAACAUCUAUAGGAAGCCCCCUAUCUACAGACAGCAUGCAUCAAGAAAAUCAGAUGGUGACAGCAGUGAUCAAGACAACAGAAAGCUUAAGUCAAGUUGGCUGACUUUGAAGGAGGACGUGGAUGCCAGAACAAUUUCUCCUGAUUUGGAUACUCAGUCACUCCCACAAAGUCCCGGAAUGGACAGAGAACUUCAACGGUUAAACAACAAUGCAAACUGUACCUACCUAAGGUUUCCAUAUUCCAAAUCUGCUUCACUUCCUGACUAUGGCAAGAAUGGGUUACAUCACGCUGCCACUAUGAGCCAAUAUGAUGCUGACCAGGAUGCUGCUUGGGGAAAAAGAGAAUACAAGGUCUAUCCAUAUGAAAGCCUUAUUGUAACAAACAGGGUUCGAGUGAAAUUACCAAAGGAUGUGGAUAGAACCAGGCUGGAGCGGCACUUGACACCUGAAGAGUUUCAGGAAGUUUUCAAAAUGAGCAUUGAGCAAUUUGAGCGGCUUGCACUCUGGAAGCGGAAUGACCUUAAAAAAAAGGCUUUGCUUUUCUAGCAUACCACAGAAAAACGUGCUUGAUAAAAACAACCUACACACUAGCCACAAUUUUAUCAUGUGCACUUGCUGUUGACCCUUUAUCCAGCUUCAUCGUGUUUGGGAUGGGGAAGCAGAAACAAAUGUGGGAGAGGGGACAGUGCUUUUGUGUUGCCCAGACAAUAUCUUAGUCACUGCUGGGUCUCUAAACAAUAUAACAAACCUUGCUUUAAUUUAAAUUGCUGCUUUAGCUCUUGCUUGUUGCCAAAAAAUAGGAAAGAAACAAGUGCCAUUUUGAUCGCAAAAGAAGUCACCAUUUGUUGCACUAAUAAGCAAAACGUGUAAACAAUGAAAACAGAGAUAAGAAUGAUCGUCCCCAGAAUUUUUAGGAAAGCAUUACUCUGAAGCAAAUAUGAUAAAGGCCAAAGAAAAGCAUGUUGGAAAGUCACUCUUGCCAAUGUUUGUGUGUGAAAUCUUUUUAGGAAUAAAAGCAACCCUAUAAUAAAGCACUUUUAAGUCUCAUUCUCUCACUUAAAUACAGGCUGCUGUUUCAAAUGUAAAGAUGCAAAUGAAAGAAAUCAAAAUUUUUAUUUUAGUAAAAAUAGAUUGUAAUAUAAAUGUGUUCAGACUACAACAGAGGCUGUUCAACCAACAACUCAUGGUAGAUAAAAAGACUUGAUUUGGAAAUGUGUGAACAAUUUACUUUGGUGGAAACUUGCUUCCCGACUUUGGGUUAUUUCAGCUGUAGUUCAUGUUAAAAAUUAAAUCUUCACAACAAUCAGUACAUUCUUGUGUGGAAAAAUCAUAAAGUUGUGCAAUUCUGAUUGUGUAUUUCUAUUUUUUCUACAUUUCAUUCUGGUACAAAGAAUGUGUAAUGAAUCCUGAUUAUAUGCACACAUUGGUGUCCACAUUAAAAUAUGGUUUUGUAACUGAA